UUUGCAUAAAUCCUGCAUAAAGCCGACAUGUUACAUAGAAUCCUCAGCAUUUUGCAUUUAACUUGGUGUGUGGCUGCCUGCUGUGCAUAUUCACAGGUGACAGAGUCAUAUUGAAAGCAGAGCUGCCCAAACCCAUGAUGACGUCAUCACCGUUUCUUUUACUCCUCGUCUGUCAUAUCCUGAGUGGCUUCGAGGCUAGUACUGAGAUCUCGCUCCCGCGAGAACGCAUGUUCUUUGCCCAGUCGUUUGCACGCCCUGCAGAAUUGGCACCGGACUACUUCAUGAGUCCCCUACCCGCUGCGGCGUUUCGUAAUCUUCGUCUAAUAGAGCAGCUGAAAGAUUGUACAAUGGACAUGUGCCUUGCCGUCGACGCAUCAUACAGUCUGACCGAGAGAGAAUCAAACGGGAAGACCGGGUGGGAAAACGAGAUCAUUUUCUCGACGAAUCUCGUUCGGCGUAUCAGCAGUUUCGGGAAGGACGUCAGUGUCCGUUACGCCAACGUUGUGUUUGGCCAGAACGUCCGCACUUGGUUCGACUUCACCGAGAACCAGAAUGUGGAUCAUAUCAUCGGUAAACUGGAGACGAUGCCUUAUCUGAGCGGUCAAACUAACAUACCGGAUGCGAUGAUUGAAUGCCAGAACCUUCUCCUCGGUUCCGGACGUAAUGUCGACAAGGUGGCUUUGGUGUUAACAGACGGGGUAUCAAGCAAAGGUUUAGGCGCUUUGACUGUGGCUGAGGCAGCCAAUUCGUUGGAAUCUCAUGGAAUUAACACGAUUGCGGUUGGAGCCGGAAAUAUCAACGAAACCGAGCUCCUGGUCAUCGCGCAGGGAGAUCCGAGUGCGGUGUUCAUAGCAGAAGAUACCAGCAGUCUGAACAAACUGGUAGAUGACAUCGGCAUAUCAUCCUGUGCCAAAAAGAAUGACACCACCACCACGACGUCCACAACAACGACUACUACAACACCGCCCGGUCCGUGUCAGUGGUCGGAUUGGAGUCCGUGUGACAUUCCAUGUGGAGGCGGCGUGCAAACGAGGACCAUGAUAGAUUGCUGUGACAAGUGCUUGGCCAGACUGGACGUCCGGUCAUGUAAUACUGACCCUUGUCCAUAUAACGUGGAUGGCCAGUGGGGCGAUUGGUCAGCCUAUGGGGCGUGCACGGAUAGUUGUGGUGGGGGCUAUCAAAUCAGGUCAAGGACAUGCAGCAAUCCGUCUCAGGCCGGGGCAGGGACGCCGUGUGUGGGACCAGCAUCUGAGAUCAAUAAAUGCAACACUCAGGACUGUCCAAUUAACGGCCAAUGGGGAGAGUGGUGCUGCAUAUGGUCAGAAUGCAGCACCACCUGUGGAGGAGGUCAGCGCACGCGCACUAGGCAGUGCAGCAACCCAGCCCCAGCCAAUGGCGGCGCAGACUGUGUUGGAAGCAGUAUUGAAGAGGAGAUGUGUAAUUCGCAGCCAUGUCCAAUUGACGGCGGAUGGAGCUCAUGGAGUGAAUGGGGCGGAUGCAACGCACUUGGUUGCUUCCAAACCCGUACCCGCACCUGCACCGAACCUCCCCCGCAACAUGGAGGGAAGGAUUGUUUAGGAUUUGCGACAGACUAUAAGUCUUGCAAGUCUUACUGUUGUCUUGGAUCAUACAUGCCGUCGUCUUGGUUUAGAUGUUAACGGAAAUAGCAUGCGUGACACCAUGUGGAACCUCUGUGAGGUCUCG